AUGUUAGACGAAAAUAUGAAGGUUUGGCUGCUUGAAAUAAAUUCGAAUCCAGCAUUGCAAACUCACUGUGAUGUUCUGAAAGAAGUUGUACCAACUGUAGUAAAGGAUGCUUUACAUAUAAGCAUUGAAUGCUUUGAGAAAAGUCGUCAUCAGAAGUGUUUACUUCCUCUCCAUGGUCUUGAAGAUUUAUCAGCUUUCCUGUUUUGUCAACGAAGUAACAGAUAUGCAAGAUUCAAUUUUGAUGAAACACCGAUCACUAACAAAGUCAGUGGUGAUUUAGGUUUACCAUCAGGUUGGAAUUUGAUAUACAGUGAAUCACAAGCUGCUUUUCGUGCACGUUGGCCAAUGUCUCAGUCAUCUAGUCUUCGUGGUUGGAUCCCACCAAGAUACAAGCCAUCAGUAAAUCAUAAUGCUUCCAGCUGUCAACGGACGAAUGAUGGCUACAGUGAACAAAAUGGAGGUGGUCGUGCACCACUUCAAGGAUUUGGAUCUACUGUCUCAGUGAAGGAAACCACACAUUUGACAGCAGUGACUAAUGACACUGAGGUUACAUAUGCUACAGGUGAACACACCACUUCACAAAAUAACACAACUGGUAAUUUGUCCUUUCCACGUGUAUCUUUCCCAGAAUAUCGUACUUUUGAAUACAGCCUGAGACGUUAUCCAGUUGUGCCAAAUACAACAAAUAAUGCUAGAUUAGUCAGGAGGAGUACUGUCACUUCUCACUCAUUCAAGAAGCCCAAUCAACCUAUAAACCUUGAAGAUGUAAUAGAGAAAACCUCUGAAAUGGAAUCACUUAUCUCACUCAGUAAACCUAAUAGACAUAAUAUUACAGUGAAUAGUAAUAGUAGAAGUGAUGGUGGUGGUAGUGGUAAUGGUGAAAGUAGAAGUAACAGCUGUCAUAUAUUAAGCUAUAAAAACCGAAUAACCAAACAACUAUCAUCAAAUUCGAACAGUUCAAAUACCAAGCACGAAUUGGAUGUCUUCAGUGAAGAUGAAAUUUUAACUGGAAAGUUAACAAAGAAACGAAAUUGAAUUUGGCAACGGUUCAUAGAGAACCUGUACACAUGGGUAUGAUACAUUUAGUUACAAGUGCAGAUAUAGAUAAAGUGUUCCAUGAUAAGAAUAGCAAUGGUAAAUCAG